ACAUUUUCGUACGAGUGAUUAUUUUUCAUGAAAAUAUGCUUUUGUUAAAAUUUUUGAAUUUGUUGUUAGAAUUAUGAUAAUGACAUCUUCAUCAAUUUCUAUACCUUCAUCUAUACCUCAAUAUCAAAAUGUUAGCAAUUUUGUAUAUAAUAUAAACCAAUCAAAUUCAUAUCCAUAUGCAAGAGCUCCUGUUAUAACACAUGGACACACAAAUUCUUCAAUAAAAGUAAAUAGUAAUGAAUAUAAUCAAAUAAUAUCAGAUAAUAUGAAUAUGCAUGAUUCUUCACAACUAUUUAUGAAUCAAACAAACCAUUUUAAUAGUCCUGUCACUCCACCUAUUACAUAUUUAGCAAAUGAAAAAGGCUAUAAUACAUUCUCUAAAUUAUAUGAUCCCAUGCAGACUAACAAUAAUUUUGAUUCAUAUGAUUAUGUACACCAGCCUAUAAAAUCAUUCAAAGAAAAUGAAGAAAAGAGUAUAUUAAAUUCAAGAACAAAUUUAACCGGCAAUAAUAUAACCAUGUAUAGUCAACAAAAAACUUUUUCAGAAACAAUGACUACAUCUUCUGGUAAUAAAUAUCCACAAUCUGAGAUUGGGAUACCUUAUACUUUAAAUAAUGUUGGAACUUCUAUAUCUACCCCAUCUACAUCAAAUAAAACAGAUGUUAGCAAUCCUAAUUGCAAUAAUAAUAACAAAUCUAUUUUGUCAUCAAGUUCAGCAGGAGUUGUUCAUUCUGGGCCAACAUCUUCUGCAGAUGCUUGCAUGAGUAUAGUUCAUAGUUUGAUGUGCCAUCGUCAAGGUGGGGAGAGUGAAAGCUUUGCUAAGCGCGCCAUAGAAAGCCUUGUUAAGAAACUCAAGGAGAAAAGGGAUGAACUUGAUAGUUUAAUUACAGCAGUUACAACUAAUGGUCAACACCCAAGUAAGUGUGUUACUAUACAAAGAACAUUAGAUGGUCGUUUACAAGUUGCUGGUCGCAAAGGAUUUCCUCAUGUGAUAUAUGCUCGUUUAUGGAGAUGGCCAGAUCUUCAUAAAAAUGAACUGAAACAUGUUAAAUAUUGUCAAUAUGCCUUUGACCUAAAAUGUGAUAGUGUCUGUGUUAAUCCUUAUCACUAUGAGAGAAUUGUAUCUCCUGGGUUAGAUCUCUCAGGGUUAAGCAUACAACACACAGGUUCUAGCCAAAAUCAUCAAAAUGAAUCUUUGCAAAAUCAUACUUCUAUCCCCAAACAAUGGAUCAAUCAAUUUGCUCAAGAAAUUCCUCUAUUCAAUAUGCUUAUAUCUCAGAUACCAAGACCAGAUCAUUGGUGUACCAUAGGCUAUUAUGAGCUGGACUGUCAAGUUGGGGAAGUCUUCAAGGUGUCCUCGAACCACAAAACGGUCUCUAUAGACGGGUACGUAGAUCCUUCGGGAGCCGAUAGAUUUUGCCUUGGCGCUCUCUCCAACGUGCACAGGACAGAACAGAGCGAAAAGGCUAGGCUUCAUGUAGGCAAAGGCGUAGCCUUGACAACCGUUGGCCAGGGUGAUGUAUGGAUCCGCUGUCUGAGUGAGCACAGCGUAUUUGUGCAAAGCUAUUACCUCGACAGUGAAGCUGGUAGAGCCCCUGGAGACGCUGUUCACAAAAUUUACCCUGACGCUUACAUCAAAGCCUUCGACCUAGCCCAAUGCUAUGCUCGCACGCGACAAAGAGCCGCUAUGGCACAGGCUGCCGCUGUCACUCAAGCAACGGCUCUGGUUAAUGGCGUGAAUAAUAACAAUGCAAAUAUCAACAAUGAAGGCGGAGUUACGGCUGCUGCUGCAACUGCGGGGAGUGUAGGCGUGGAUGAUCUUCGACGCUUAUGCAUCUUGAGGCUUUCAUUCGUCAAAGGCUGGGGUCCCGACUACCCGCGACGGGAUAUCAAAGAAACCCCUUGUUGGAUAGAGAUACAUUUGCACCGAGCACUUCAAUUACUUGAUCACGUGCUUCAUACCAUGCCUGUCAAUGGGCCUAGGCCUUUAGAUUAAUCUGCGAGGAAAUGAAAUUUUAAUUUGAAAGCAAAUACAAAGAGCAUUGGACAAAAUUCGAAACUGAAUAGAAGGGGGGAAAAAUAACAACAAUUUUUUUAAAAAAUAA